ACACGCCAGUUUGGCUCAGUCCAAAUCACUGGGCGCUGUGCGUGCGAGUAGGUGAAAAGUCAUCGGAAUAUAUGAUAGUUGAAUGGUUGCCAUUAACCGCCUCCCAUGCCAUUCCGACCAUCCAGCUAUGUCCGGCUCUUCCCAGUAAGUGGCUUUACCGGCGAACUGCGUUCGUCAGCGAUUCCGUCCUUCCGUCUCAGACCGACAUUUCACACCGGUCUUCCUUUACUCUUCGCCCGGAAGUUCACGAUGCAGUCUAGCCGAAAUGUGUCCAGCAGCAGCGAUUUCGACGAGGAGCGCUUGGCCAGAGCAGGCAAGCCGGGGACGGGGCUUUUCAGCAACAUUCCUAUUGUCACAACAGAAGACGCUUGUCCUCCGGCGGUAAAGAAACGAGUGGGAAGCACGCUUGUGGUGGACGAGAGAAACUCGAGGACCCCGAGUCCUCUGUCUGGGGCCAGCUGUGAUGACGACUCGGAGGCAGAGUCUUUCCGGGAUGGGAGAACCGAGGAGGUCGACCAGGACACCAGGAGCAGGGCGUUUGUUUGGUGCCGAGACUUUCUGUCCGGGUCGUGGAAGACUAUCCAAGAGGAUGACUUUCAAAUCAGCAUCGUCAGUGGUGGACUGAGUAACCUGCUGUACCUGUGUAGUUUGCCUGAGCAUGUGCACCCUGUGGGAGAGGAACCUCACCAGGUUCUCCUCAGAAUCUAUGGGGCCAUCUUACAGGGAGUGGACUCUCUGGUGUUGGAGAGCGUGAUGUUUGCCAUCCUGGCAGAACGAACUCUAGGGCCAAGACUUUACGGCAUCUUCCCCGAGGGACGCUUAGAACAAUACCUUCCGAAUACCCGAAUGCGCACAGAUCAACUUUCAGAUCCUGUCAUCUCAGCUGAGCUUGCCACCAAGUUGGCACGUUUCCAUAAAAUGCUUAUGCCCUUUAACAAAGAGCCUAAGUGGCUGUUUGGGACCAUUGACAAAUACAUGGAUCAAGUGAUAAAGCUUAAUUUUGUACGGGAAGCACAUUUGAAGAAGUACAAAAAGCUGAUGAAGUUUGACCUGCCUGCUGAGUUGGCAAGCCUCCGUGCAUUGCUAGCAGCGACUCCAUCGCCAGUGGUGUUUUGCCAUAAUGACGUCCAGGAAGGAUGGCCUGUCACUGUCCGCGUUCUGCCCCAGACGAUCGCUCGAGGGAUCCCACUUCUGACACCAAAUUGUUACAGAAAUUCUCUGCUGCUGGUGAAGAAUGAAAUAGAGACUUCUGCCGGCCGACAAGGUAACAUUCUUAUAUUGGAAGACAGGGACCAGACCUCAAAAGAAAGACUCAUGCUGAUAGACUUUGAAUACAGCAGUUACAAUUACAGGGGUUUUGACUUUGGGAACCAUUUCUGUGAGUGGAUGUAUGAUUACACCUACAAUCAGUGGCCUUUCUACAAAGCCACACCGGAGAACUACCCCACCAGAGAGCAGCAGCUUGAUUUCAUAAGAAAUUAUUUGGCAGAACAGAGAGGAUGCUCUGACAUUACCGUGGACCAGACAAAGAUUGAAGAGGAUAUGAUAAUUGAAGCAAACAGAUAUGCGUUGGCAUCGCACUUCCUCUGGGGGCUGUGGUCUAUCAUUCAAGCCAAGAUAUCCAAGAUUGAGUUUGGAUACAUGGACUAUGCCCAGUGUCGUUUUGAUGCCUACUUCAAGCAAAAAAAGCUCUUCUCCUGAAUUCCACCGUUUUAAUCAGACUGUACUGUAUCAUUUACUGUAUUUCUCCUUAUCAUUCUUCAAACCCACCUCCUGUCUCUGUUGAAGUGAGGUUGUUUUUCAGCUAUGCAUUACUGAAACUACAGCUCUAUGCAGCUCUGCUUAUGACAAGUAACGGCUUUUGAAAGGUAGAAAUUUACAUUUUGAGACUGUGCACAAGCACAAUCUAAGCUUUCAGGCAAUUCAUUUUAGUUAAGUAUGUACCAAUCACCAUAGUGUGAAAUGUUGUUAGUGCACAUAUAGCUCUGUAGAGCUGAAUGUUUUUUGUUAUCGUUUAAGGGGCCCGGUCAAUGUGAUGUUCAGCUAUUUCAUUUUAUCACCCAUGUUUAGAUGCACUUCACUUCUUUGGACCAUGUUUUGACAAUGGCAUUUUUUAAUUCUUUAACUGUGACUCUGUGCAUGUCAGUGAGGGACAAUCCUGGUUGCCAGAGCAUUCAUUUCUUUUCUUUUCUGACUGUAAAUCUUACUCUUAAAGUCAUUUUGGUAUACUAAACUAAUAGUAUUGCGUUUAGUGUGGAAGGCUUUUGUAUAACUCUUUGCUUUUGAGUUUUAAGUCAUUCUACCUCACUUCUUUCCUCUGUUCAUUCUGCAUUCAGGUGCAUUCAGGCUGAUUGUAAAGGCAUCCUGUGAGGGAACUGUGAACAUUUUCCCCUAGAUACUCCAAACUUUAUCUUAUGUGUCACAGGUAGUUUUACUGUAGAAUAUGUGAAAAUAUUCCCCACCGAUCUUUACAGUAAAGUUAAAAGCUUACCUUCAUUCAUCAAAUUAUCACGGGCGCUAUUUUAUACAGUAUCACUGUAGUCAACUACUGUUAAUUGAACCAUCAGAACAGUCACAAAGUGUAAGGCAUCUAAGUUGGUAACAUUGGAUCUUGUCACCACUCUAGAUAUCAGUAAUAAACUGUACAUUUCUGCUGCACCUUUAACUGUCUGCCAAUAUUUAAUUCAGCUUUUACUACCUCAUAUAUGUAUCCACAUUAAAAUCGCCUGACAAAAUUAGAGCCAACAAUAAAAAUUCAAAAAAAUCUGUGUUGGAAUAAAGUCACAUGAUUGUGCCUGGAGCUGGUUUGAAUGUGAAGUGAGGUUUUGACUUUUUUUUUUUUUUUUUUUUUUUGGUUUUGACAGAAGCUUUGCUAGGAUUCCUUUAUGAAUGUUUUACUUAUUUAGACUGUCUCCUGGAUUUGUGUUGAUGCACUGCCAUCAAUUAACAACUUUGUGUCUUUGUUUUACACUUAGCUGCAUCAUUUUACUCACGAAAAGAAACUAGAAGCUUAACUGUGCCUCAAUAAGUGUAGCUUUUUUUUAUAUUUGAAAUUGUCCCAGUACAGUUUAAUUCUGUUAACUUCUCCAUGUUAUGUUGGUCCUAUUUGCACUACUAAAAAUAUAAUUUAAAAAGUAGUAAACAUACUGUAUAUGCAUACAACCUGUGUCAGUGUAACUGUUUUUCUUUUCAUUUACUAUCUCUGCCUUAAAAUAAAAAAAUAUUU